AUGGAAAACCAGCUCUGGUAUGAUAACCUGGGGUGCUGCAAUCAGUACCAAGAAAAUCCCCUGGAUGCUGAGGACUUCCUACUCCUACUGCUGGGCCUUAUGGUUCUUGUCAACAUUGGGAUAAACGUGGCAACUGUGAUGUGACAUGGGCUCCAGAAUGCCUUAGACAAGACGAACUAUUGGAUUAACCAGGAAAAUGAAAUCUUGCAGGUUUGUGACAGUUUCUCCAAAGAUCCCUCCUCAGCCAAGGUCCAAGAUGUCCACAUCCACUGCCCCCUGGACCCUGUAGAAGUGGAGAUAGCCCAGCCCAUUUGCUACUCCUUUUCCUCCAACCACCAUCUCCGCAGUGGUCAUUGCCUCCGCCACCUCCUAAGACAAUGUCACCACCCCUGCUGCGCCCAGCAGAGGCCAAAGAACCACAGACAAUUCCCCCACAACCGCUCAGUCUUCCACAGCCAACACUGCAGUCACAAGAAGUCACAGCUGCCGUUGAUGCCCUCCUUUGAUCAGGAGGACCUGAACUCCUAGCUGGAGGAGGGAGAUGACCUGUCCUUCCCACAUUCCAAGUACCCAUGGCGAGGCUGGGGAGAGCUCUACCAGCAAACGGGCCGGCCCUCCAGCAUGGGACUGUGGGCCCACCAGGGUGGCAUCCUGGCCAGCUUGCCACCACCCUCUCUCUACCUGUCACCUGAGCCGUGCGGUGUGCCCAAGCGUGUGGAGGCCAAGUCGGAGCUGAGGCUUCAGGCUUGCAGGCACCACUGCUCAGUCCCACAUCUGGGGCAAUCUGGAGACUGAGAAUGGACCCCAUCACCACUACCUCCCCGCCAGCUACCCCAUCCUUCCUGGGUCCCUGGGAGGCAUAGCCCUUACCCCUCAGGGGGUCAUCUCCUGUAUGACUCCUGGGAUCAGCGGCAUGGUCUAGGGGGUUCUGAGCCUCCAUCUGCCCUGGUGCCCCGGGACUCCCGUCCUGAGGCUCGGGAGCCCUCCUCCCCACAGUCCCACUGGCGGAGCAGCCCUGCCCAUGCUUAUAGCUAGCCCAACCGCAGCCCCCACCCCUCCCUGAUACCGGGCUAUAGCUGCCGGGAUCCUUGUGAGGUAAGGCAGUGAGCAGCUGAAUGGGCUGAGAUGCUGCUGGCUCGGCACCUUCUGACCACAUCCACCUCCUUCACUGAGUUGGGCAAGGCCUCAUACCAUCAGGCUGUGCCUCCCAGUUCAUCCCUGUGCCCCCUGUCCUCCCAGCCCCUCCCUGACGUCCAGGCUACUGAGCUCCCCCCACCCCCAUUUACCUUCAUGCCACUCAGCCGGAACCUCGUGGGCAAUGCCAGCUGCCUGGUGUAUGACAGUCUGGAGCUGAAGUGGCAAGUGCAGGAAAGCAGAGCUCGGGCCAGCUCACUGCCACCACCUUCCACCUCAGUCUCGAGGCCCUCUCUGUAUAGGAGCUGA